AUGGCAGUACAGCUUCUAAUCAGGGUUCUCCUUCUCACUUCCAUGGCAGUCAUUCCCAACCAGUUUGGCACCGCAAAAGCAUCAGCCGACAUCGGCGUUUGCUACGGAAUGCUAGGCAAUAAUCUGCCUCCGGCGACCGAAGUGAUCAACCUCUACAAACACAACAACAUUGGCAAAAUAAGGCUCUUCGACCCCGAUCCCUCGGCGCUGCAAGCUCUGCGAGGCAGCGAAAUCGACGUCACUGUCGGUAUCCGAAAUGAAGACCUUGCCGGCCUCGCAUCGAACCAAGACGCCGUCGCGUCCUGGUUCGCCGCCCACGUUGAGCCUUACCUCAACGACAUCGUGUUUUCAAACAUUGCUGUCGGAAACGAGGUUAUCCCGGGGCAUCUCGGUCAGUAUGUUUUGCCUGUUAUGGAGUCAUUACAAGCCAUACUUGAUCAUAAGAAUCUAGCUGGUAUAAAGCUCACCACCGUCCUCCCCGCCAACGCCUUGGCGUUGUCUUAUCCGCCUUCGGCGGCGCAAUUUUCAGAUGAGGCUGCCAACGAUUUGAGAGGUAUUAUCAGGUUCAUGUCAACUCAUGGAGCGCCUCUCAUGAUCAACGUGUAUCCCUACUUCGCCUACGCAUCUGAUCCGGUGAAUGUAAGAUUGGAUUAUGCGCUUUUUACCGCGACGGCUCCGGUGGUUCAGGACGGGAAUUUGAGCUACCACAACAUGUUUGACGCUAUUGUUGACGCUUUCUUUUGGGCCACGGAAAGAGAAGGAGUUUCUGACGUCAAUAUCGUGGUGGCGGAGAGUGGCUGGCCAUCCGCAGGUAACGGCGGCUUCACGACUCCGGAGCUCGCAUCGACGUAUGCCAAGAACUUCGUGAAUCACAUCUUGUCUAAUGCGGGGACACCAAAACGACCUGGCCCUUAUGUCGAAGGGUUUAUCUUUGCCAUGUUUAAUGAGAAUCUGAAACCUGCUGGCGUAGAGCAGAAUUUUGGAUUGUUCUAUCCUAAUAUGAAUCCUGUUUAUCCUGUAUUCUAG